ACUGCAAACCUGCCUGCUGUUGUGUGAAUGGCUACUGGCACCUCAAGUGCAAACACAUGCACAAAGACAUCUUAUUGUUAGAGGAUAAAAUAAUCUACAACACAAAUCUCCUGUUUCCUUGGGGCUCUAUCCUGGCUAGGUGGCUGCACAGGAAGAUGAAGACAGAGAUGCACAGUGCACCACACUUUGCUUUCCCUGCUGUGAUCAUCUUCUCUCUGUGCCUGCAAACAAGUGCAAACCACACUGAUUACCCCGGGCUUAAAAAUGGAACCUGGAACCCCAUCAGCCAGAACCUGAGUGGAAGCCAGAGCCUAACAGAAGCCAAUACAAAUCCUCCUCUGAGCAUCAAUUCCAGCAUCAGAACAGUUACUUUGGGAACACAGACCAACAGCCUGCAAUUCAUAUCCUCCACAGUGACCCCCAAUUCCACAUCUCUCCCUGCCUCCACCAUGGGAGGACUUGGGAACAGCAGCAAACCCAAGACUAAUAUGACAAAAGAAACCUGUGAAGACAACAAAUCUCUUAUACUGAUUUGCUUCAUUGUCAUAGCAGUGCUUGUGCUCAUCUGCACCUUCUUGCUUCUGUCCACAGUGGUAAUGGCAAACAAAAUGUCCUAUCUCAAGAAAGCUCAGCAAGGGAAACGCAGGCCCCGGAGCAAUGGUGACCUCCUGGCCACCAACAGCUUCUGGCCAACUACAGCAGGAACGUGGCAGAGGAUGCCCAAGGAGCCAGCUGGAACUGACUUGAUAAUGCAAGAGUUAAUAGCAGGGAGAGAGGCUGCAAGCCAAAGGAGAGCCGAAGAAAAAGCCAAUGAACAGGAGAACAAAAGCCCAAAGUCACACAAACCCAUUCUAGCCAAUUUUGUAGUAGAAAUUUGAUUCACACUCAGGCAGAAAUUCAUCUUUUGGCUUUUCCAUGUCGUUAAUUGACGGUGAAAAAUUCUCUUCCAAGUAACCACAUGAAUUUGAACAAAGGAAAGCUGAACUCGGGUCCUAGGGGCUUUCCUCUCUGAUAGAGGGAAUGCUGUGGCAAUUUGUAGAAGGG